CCUCCUUUCGCUUCCAUCUAGGGUUUCAAUUCGCGUAUGCGACCUCCAGCGAUUAUGUCCGGAUUUGUCUGAGUUCUUGUUUGAUUUGAUCGGACUAGUUCUUCUCUUGCUAAUAAAACUCUGAAACUCGAGAUCGUCGCUCAAAAUUAUGAUUAUAUCUUUGGUGUCCUUCUCAUCGCUCGCUGGAAAACAUCUAAAUCUCCGUGUCUUUGGCCCUGGAUUGAAUCCGUUUGCUCCAUACAACAUUGCAAAUCAUUCCUCUCGUUAAUUCUUUUCGUUAGUGUUCAUCUAGAUCAUGUAAAAUUUCUGUUAAGUUUCAUAUUCAUAUUCCGAUUUCGAUAUCUUGUCCGACUCAUUUAGUAUCCAGUAUUCUGCAGUAGUUCGGGGAGAAGAUCAAUCUUGUGUUUGUGAAGACUCUAUAUAGCUGCUGACGUUUUUCUUGAUAAUCUAUUAUUGCUUGGAACUAUUUUGGUCUUGGAGUGAUUUUCUGUUCAAUAAGGAGUUUAAUAAAAUGCCGCUGAAUUUGUUGAAUGAUUAUCGGCGAAGCCUGCGCAGGAGUAAGUCUGCUGGUGAUAGAGAUGAUAGGGGUUGGACUCCUCUUCAUGUAGGUGCCAAAAAGGGUGAUCUGAGAGAGGUGAGACGUCUCCUUAAUGAAGGAAUGGAUGUGAACGUGCUUGUUUCUGGCAAUAAAUCACAAGGCAUGACUCCUCUUCAUCUUGCUGCGGAAGGUGGUCACCUCAAAGUUAUGGACGAAUUACUCGAACGUGGAGCAAAUAUUGAUGCAAGAACAAAGGGUUCUUGUGGCUGGACUCCACUCCAUAUCGCAGCUAAAGAGAAGAAGAAGCUUGCAGUGAAAUUCCUGGUGGAAAAUGGUGCGUUUUUACCCGACGACAUAAAUGACAUUAGGUUCAAUCCUCCGGUUCAUUACUGCCACGGUCUCGAAUGGGCUUAUGAGGAAAAGAAGCGCAUCCACCGCAUGAAUUCAUCUUCAAGUGAAGACUGUUCUUACAGUUCCGAUUAGCUGAACCUCUCCACGAAUGUCUGAUAUGUUUUCAAUGGAUUGGAUUUUAAACCUAUUUGAGUUUUUCAGUGUGUAUUUUGAACAUCUAUGUUUCCAAACUAAACUGAUCAGUGCUUGCUUUAAUAUGAUUGUGUAUUGAAUAAUGAUUGUAAAACGCUAUUUUGUGAGCAAUUUAAUCUCAUUACAAUGAAU